AUGGACGAAGAAGGUAGACUCGUGUUCUGGAAGGGCGGAGUGUGGGAAGAAGGUGCUCCAACCCUCAGUUGUAAUACUUGCAAGAAGAGACGCUCUGACAGGAUGGAUGCUAAUGAACGCCCUCUGGGUGAGCUAAAAAAGUUAUCAGAGGAAAGUUUGACGCGUCAGCCAGAGGAGGUUUUUGACAUUCUCUGCAAACUUGGCGAGGGUUCCUAUGGCAGCGUAUACAAGGCGUUACACAAAGAGAGCGGGCAAGUCCUCGCGAUCAAGCAGGUUCCGGUCGACACAGACCUGCAGGAGAUUAUCAAGGAGAUAUCUAUCAUGCAGCAAUGCGACAGUCCGUACGUCGUCAAGUACUACGGAAGUUACUUCAAAAAUACGGAUUUGUGGAUCGUAAUGGAAUAUUGCGGUGCAGGCUCAGUGUCAGAUAUAAUGAGGCUCAGAAAGAAAACACUAUCAGAGGACGAGAUAGCGACGAUUCUCUGCGACACACUCAAAGGGCUGGAAUACCUGCACAGGCGACGGAAGAUCCACAGGGACAUCAAGGCUGGGAAUAUUCUGCUUAAUACCGAGGGUCAUGCCAAGCUGGCCGAUUUCGGUGUUGCUGGACAGUUGACUGACACGAUGGCGAAGCGCAACACGGUGAUCGGCACGCCGUUCUGGAUGGCGCCCGAGGUGAUUCAGGAGAUCGGCUACGACUGCGUGGCCGACAUCUGGUCGCUCGGCAUCACGGCGCUGGAGAUGGCGGAGGGCAAGCCGCCCUACGGCGACAUACACCCCAUGCGCGCCAUAUUCAUGAUACCCACCAAGCCGCCGCCCUCCUUCAGAGAACCAGACCAAUGGUCGCCGGAGUUCAUAGACUUUGUGAGUCAGUGCUUGGUGAAGAACCCCGAGGAGAGAGCCACGGCUGAGUACUUGUUGGCGCACGAGUUUAUUGGCAACGCCAAGCAGGCCAGCAUCCUCAGCGCCAUGAUAGCGGAGGCGCGCGAGCUGCGCGAGAGCCAGGCCUUCCGCGCACUCUCCCUCGCCAAGGCCGGCAACACGCCGGCGGCGGCGGCGGGCGCGGGCGGCGGCGCGGGCGACUACAGCGCGGCCACCAUGAAGGCGGAGGCCACGCUGGUGCCGCGCGACGCCUCGCUGGAGCUGGCUGCCGACCUCGGCACCAUGGUCAUCAACGACCACGACCUCGCCACCAUGAAGCGUCACGACACCGACCCGAUGGACACCAACCGGCCCAAGUACCGGCCGCUGUUCCUCGAGCACUUCGAGAAGAAGGAGCUCAACCACCUCGCGCUCGCCAACGGCACGCUCACCGCGCCGCCGCGCCGCCGCGACCAGCCGCGGAUUCCCACGGAAUCGGAGGAGGACGCGGCGGAGGCGAGCGCGGCGGAGGAGGGCGGCGAGGCGCGCGCGGCCGCCGCGCCCGCCGCGCGCCUCGCCGACGACGGCAACUUCGAAUUCGUAAGUCAACUGCACGUCGUCACUCUGCUCGCGCUGUCCCCUGUCGUUCCUGUCGGAGAGCGAGCUGGAGGCGCGCAUGGCGCGGCUGGACGCGGAGAUGGAGGCGGAGAUCGAGCGCCUGCACGCGCGCUACGAGCGCAAGCGCCGCCCCAUCCUCGACGCCAUCUCGCUCAAGCGCCAGCGCCAGCAGAACUUCUAGGCGCCCCGCCGCAGGUUCCAUGGCGAAGUAAC